AUGUUUUCCAUGCCAGAUGAUGCUGACAUGGGCUUGGAGGCUGGGUCAGAUGGACCCAUCAAGCCGGUUGUCAAGAUUGAGCCGCCUGAUGUGGCAGGCGAUGGGACGCUGUCUGAGCUUGACGCACUGCAAGGGCAGCGGUCGCAGGCAAGUGCUUCCCCACUUCAUGGCAGUGGCAGUGUUGGCGAGUCUGCGGAUGAGCAGUCUAGUAGUCCUGCAAAGGCUCAGACGGCUCAGAAUCCAGUGGAUGGGGUUCUAGGGGCAGUGACCCUCUACUGCGUGCUGUGCAUGAAGCGCACCCGUGCAGACAAGAGCAAGCAUUGCAAGGUGUGCAAAAGCGACAUCCAAGCCGCCAGGAGGGAGGCGGAGGCUCGUGGAGAGGGCAAAUGGAUGGCUGAGCUUCUCAAAAAAGGUGGAGAGGAGCUCGUCGACUUCAUGCACACCUUUGUGAGCAACAGCGGGGAGAGGCGUAAAUAUUCAAAUCGGGCGCGAUUUGAUUUUGUGUCUUACCGCGAAGCUCGGCGUGUGCAAACGGCUUUCCGCCUCGGCUUCAAAGCGCGGGCCGUUUUUAUGCACCGUGAACGUGCGGUGAAGUUCUGGAUAGAGCGGAACAACAUGGACCGCAAGAGCGCUCUUGAAAUGUGGGAUUCUGAAGUGCUGGCGGCUAAGCAUAAAGACCAGAACGGCCCUCAAGACUCCAAGCUUCGAAUUCCAGUCAAGCUGGAUGACUUCCUCAUUGUCGAGGACGCGGAGAUCUAUGAGAAGGAGAAGCUGCUUGAGCACAAGCGGAUGAAGUUCUCCGAGGAGCAGGGCAUGCUCAUGGAUGAGGGCCUUGAGGCUGGGAGGGCAGCAGCUCCGGCAGACAUGACCCGCCUGGGUGUGGGCCACCUGGAGAAUGUGAGCUUGCUUGGCAGCGUCUUUGGCAGGCGGACUCCGCUUCCUGAUGCAGCUGCAGCCUUCAAGGACAACACCGGUGGUCCCACUGAGGACAAGCCUGAGAACAAGCCCAAGGCAAAGACGUUUGAUGUUGGUUUGGAGCGCCUUGCCAUGAAGGACAAGCUUCUUACAGGCCUGGACAAGGAGAUUCAAAUGCUGCAGAGUGUCAUCAACAACGCGGACGCGAUUGCGAAGGACACUGCAUUCAUGAGUGCACUUAAUGACACUGCCACGCCCACCCAUGAGCUCCAGGCUAUGAAGAUGAUCGAGGACCGCCUCACGGUCUCUCAGGCCUUGAUUGGCAGCUACAAGCCUGGGAAAAACAAUGUCACGCAACAUGCAGCGGAUCAGGACGCUCAAACUUUGGCUCAGCAUCUCACCACCUUGCCGGUUGAGCUCCCUGACAUUUUCAAGACAGUCUACCCUGUGUCUUAUGUGGUCGUGCAGCUGCUCACAGAGAUUGACAAGAUCUGUGACCAGCAGGGCAGGAAGGAACUUGAGUUGGAGUUCAAGCCUAUCGUGAAUGUCGUUGCAAUCAUGAGAACCUCACUCAAAGCCAGCCUGGACAAGUAUGUCAAGUUUGGCAAAGAACGUGCUUCUUUGGCUGCUAGACAAAAGCAGGCCGAGGAGCAGAAGGAAGUCAAGCGCCUUCAGCAGGAGAAGAAAAAAAGAGACGCCCAAGAGCAGAAGUUGAACAAGGCUGCCGAAAAACAAGGGCGUGUCGGGGACAUCUUUGGGAUUGACCUGGUGAAGCUUCAGGUGAAGUGCAUGGAUGUGUUGAGGUGCGAGGAGAUCGGUUCAGUGGAUUGGACCCAGCCGUUCGUUGCCAAGGUGGAUGACGCCUCGUCAAGCUUCCCUGCAGUGCAGUCAAUGCUUCGUGAUGGCACCGUGACCGCUGCCCUCCAGAGCUUUUACACGGGCUUUCCGGGAUCCCAGGCAGCUCUUCAAGGCUCCAGGCGCUUCGCAAGCCCUCUGAAGAUGACCCAGGUCCUUCGAAGCAACGUCAUGAAAGAGUUUGGCAUCGAAAAUGAGGUUCUUCCCGAAGGCCCGCCGUCCCCAUGA